AUGAUGGUCAACAAUGCAAAUAGUGUUCCUGAAGCUCUACAUGAGAACACGUCAAUUGAUUCAAAAAGUCCUCAUACCAUUUCAGAAAUUCCCAGUUCCACUGCAAAAGUUGAAGCAGAUUUAAAACCAAAACCAGAGCCACAUUUGAAAACAGAGGUUCCCUCCAGUGAUGUCCUUAAGCCGGAGCCAAUCGGACCAAAAUUUGAGAACAUUUUUGUCCUGAAUUCGGUGUACAAAACACCAAUAUUCCCAGCUCAUACUUCAAAUGUGAACACCAACUCUGUCCACCAAGAAACUACUUCACAACCUAAGGAAGUAGUUUUUCUAUCAGCUGAAGCAGAUGAUAUCAAAUUUUCCACUGAAGUUAAUGCAAAAAGAAGUUUUAUACUCAUCAGUUCUGCCUUUGGAAAUGAAAGAGUCAAGCGUUUUCAAGGAACUCCAAUUCUUAUUGAUGAUGAUUCUCCUACCACUCCUGCUGCCGCGACUAACGAAGAGAUACCAGCCUCUCACUGUGAUACAAGUGAAGGAAUUCCAAUGAACAUGGAGUUUUCUGUCCAACUAGGCUAUUCUUCAUUGAAUAAUGCAGAAGCUGGACCAAGUACAAGACCUAAUACAAUUGAAAAGAAGAACAGGAAAAAAAGAGCAGCUAAACUUCAAUCUCCUGAUGCACCAAAGAAACUGAAAAUAUCUCAAGAAGUGGACAUUUUCUUCUCCAAAUAUUUGAGGAAGCCUAUCUUUCAAGAAUGGUUAAUUCUCUUAGUCCUUUAG